AUGAAGUCCCGCCUCUCAGGAAAUAACACCCCUUUUGUUCUGCAUAGCUUUUGACAGAAAGACUCUCAGAUAUUUCACAGAUUCAACUUUCAUAACCAAGAGACAUGACAGAGAACUUAACAGCACCCGACUAUGGUGAAUACUAUGAAAAUGACAAAUAUGAUUAUGUUGCACAGUCAAGCAACAACGGCAACACGAAGGCCUUCAGUGAAGUUUUUCUUCCGACUUUCUACAGCAUAGUCUUCAUCAUUGGCUUCAUCGGGAACGGUCUGGUAGUGUGGGUCCUCAUCAGAUAUCGUCGCAAAUCCAACAUGACAGACGUGUGCCUCUUAAACCUCGCCAUCUCUGAUCUGCUUUUUCUUCUGUCACUUCCCUUCUGGGCUCAUUCUGCCAUGGCUGAUUGGAUCUUUGGUAAAUUCAUGUGUCAUACCGUAACGGGCCUUUACACGCUGGGUCUCUACAGCAGUAUCUUCUUCAUGGUGCUUAUGACAGUGGAUCGCUAUGUCAUCAUCGUCCAUCCCCACAGUAUCUUCUCCAAGAACCGCUCUGCCAAAAUGGGUUUGGUUCUGGCUGUGAUCGUGUGGAUCCUCAGCCUGUUUGCAUCUCUCCCAAAUAUUAUAAUUGCCCAUGAGUCCAAAGAGAUGAAUAAUUCAACAUAUUGCAGAUCACACUAUUCAAGUGAUGCCAUGAAGACUUUUAUUUACUUUAAGAUAAACGUCUUGAGCCUGUUUCUUCCUCUGAUUAUAAUGGGGUAUUGUUACGCACGGAUCAUCCCAACUCUGACAAGCAUCAAAUCCCAAAAACGACACAAAAUCAUCAGACUCAUUCUGGCUGUGGUGGCUGUUUAUUUCCUCUUUUGGACACCAUACAACAUUACCAUAUUCCUUUUCUUCAUGCAGACACAAGGCUACAUGCAAUCACACGAGUGGGAUAAUAGUUUGAGUCUGACCAUGCAAUGGGUGGAGACUAUCGCCUUCAGUCACUGUUGCCUCAAUCCCAUCAUCUACGGCUUUGUUGGAGAAAAGUUCAGAGGAGAAGUCAUAAAGGUGGUAAAUGAGCAGUUCCCUUUCAGUCGGUCACUACGACGUCACGUCCAUGGUGAAGGGAUGUCGGGCACCUUCCAGCCAGUGUCUCCACUCUUCAAGGGCCAAUUUAGUGGCGAGGAUUUCAUGAUUGAGGAUAUCAUAAUUCGCUUCCACCAGGUUGAACUUAUGAGAAAAGAAAGCACAUGGACGAAGGUCGGACGGUCUGCCCUGCUGCUUGGAAAGGAUGGCUCUGACUCCAGUUGA